AACUAUCUGCACGUCAUAAAACCAGGGCUGCGGUGUCAGCGAUCAGCCAGCACGAGACYAGCAGCAGCCACAGACGCACUGGGCUCCUAGAACGUCACCACAGCCCUUUCCAGUGUGCUUCAGCUCCACACCCACUCACAUGGGCAGCCCAUUCAGAACAAUGGGCAUCCUCCAUGUGACCUUCCAGUCUCUCCAGAAGCCCAUUGUGAAGAUCUUCAAGGGAAGCUACAAGAAGUGAGAGAAAAGUGACCAGAGGAAGCAGACAGUGUGAAGCAGAAGCCUGCAAGAGGGCACUGAGAACAGUAUACACUCUUGGGAGAGGAGCAGACUCAGGUUUGCCAACCAGUCUGAGAGAAGAGCAAGGCAUCCCCACAGCAGGCUUUACCAUGGAUGCAAGAAAUCAUGCAGGCACCAGGAGGGGUCUGCUGCAACUGAGGUGUACCGAGCACCUUCUCUACGUGCUGACUUUGCUGUUGAAUAUUGGGACCUUGGCCUUGAUGUUCUACGCACUGCUGUGGGAAGUCGGAAACCUGAUAGACCUCCCUGACACGCGCAUAGGCUUUUACAACUUCUGCCUGUGGAAUGAUACAGCUGGGGAGCUGCAGUGCCUGAAGAAYGAGCAGCUACAGGCCAUGGGCAUCAGUCUAGCAGCAAUGGCACUUGCCAGGRUUUUUGUGUAUACCUCCCUGGUCCUCAGCAUGUUCCACCCCAUUUGUGUUUUAAAUGCAAAGUGCAAAGGGGAGGGAAAGGGAUGGAAGAUGAUCUUAAUCACACACUGCAUCAAGAUGAUAAUCCUGGCAGGGGGCCUGAGUAUGCUCCUUUCACAAAYCUUGCAGUGGAUUCAUUUGUCUGAUUUCACUGGAGGCUUCUGGGCACUGCUYGGGGCUAUGGCUCUGCUACUGCUCCAGAUUCUCAUUGCCACUGUGUUCCUCAACAGGGCCAAGCACACACACAAACACACACACUAGUUUAACUGAGUGCUUUAACUGAGAAGGCCCUGUUCAUUGAGAUUUGACAGUGAAGAAAACGCAAGAGCUAUUGUUAAAAUGAUUUAAAUUAGUUAUCCAAAUACAGCUUUACUCUCUGGCAAGAAUUUGAUCCCUACUCCAAAGGCUCAUGUUGAGCCAGGUUCUGGCAUAUCAUUGUAUGCAGCACUCCUGCAUCAAGCUGGUAGCAGAUAGCAACAGACACAGCAGAGCAUAGCAGCUUCCCAGGUACAACAGCAUGUAACAGUCAUCAGUUUGGGGCACAGCAUCAAGGUGACAGCAUUUCUGGCCUUGUCCCAAAUAGCACUGAAGGUAGAAAAACAAGCAUACAGUGGACACAGUCCUCUGCCCAUAUCUAGUCUAAAUGCAGGCAAGCAGAGAAUCAAACAAGCUUCUUUUCUCRGAGUUGUCCGGAGAAUCUGCUCCUUCUCCACCUCCUGGACUAACUAGAGAUGCCUUCAGGGUAAUUGUGACUUGAGGAGCUGUGGCCUCACAACUGCCAUCACAGCAGUGCCACCCUCAGAGGUGCACCUGUACCUCACCCGCUGGAAUAAUGUCUAGAGUUACUAUGACUUAGCUCAUUAGGGUGAUGGGCCCCACAUGCAACCCCCAGAGCAGCAAAGCACAUGGAAGAGCAGCCUAACAACUCUAUGAACACAGCCCUAAUGGAGGGUUUCCAUGAGAAAACAGAGGAUUUGGGUGCAGAGCUCCAGAUUUGUUCCCACUAAUACUAUGGGGCUGAGCCCAGCACUCCAACAGCCUUUAAGGUUGCUAAUAUCUCAUAAUAGGGUUGCUAAUAUCUCAUA